AUGAAGUGUGUGGUGGUGGGGGACGUAGUGGGUAAAACAUGUCUGCUCAUCAGCUACACCACCAAUGCCUUCCCUGGACAACUCAUACCCACAGUCUUUGACAACUUCUCUGCCAACGUGAUGCUGGAUGGGAAACCUGUGAAUCUGGGUCUGUGGGACACAGCGGGACAGGAGGACUAUGACAGGCUCAGGCCCCUGUCCUACCCACAGACGGAUGUGUUCCUGAUCUGCUUUUCGAUUAUCAGUCCAAAUUCACUUGAAAAUGUCAAGACGAAGUGGAAUGAAGAAGUGGAACACCACUGCAAAGGUGUGCCUAAAAUCCUUGUGGGCACCAAGCUGGACCUGAGAGAAGAUGAGGUGAUGUUAAAAGAGCUCAAGGAGAAAAAAAUCUUUCCUAUCACUUAUCCUCAGGGCUUGGCCAUGGCUAAAGAAAUAGGUCAGUUGUGCAGUAAAAUAUCUGGAGUGCUCAGCUCUGACGCAGCGCGGCCUUAA